AUGGAAGCGAACAAGAGGAAGCUGCCGACAACUUGGGUGUACCAAACAGCGUCGUGCGCUGCCAGCUACGAAAAGUGGGAGAAGCACGGACUCAGCUUGGUCUAUGCGUCCACUGGGGUCGCAUGGAGUCCCCUUUUGCGCUGUUUCUACAAGGACGCGCAGGAGCUCUUCUUCCGACGCUGGCACAUGCGAACGGGUGGCAACCGAGGCGGCAACGGUGCUGACGACAAGAUGGCUCCCCUAGAGCGGCUCACCUCUCCAGACCAGGUCCCCGUUCGGGUCUACGCCAUUAGCGCGGGCCAUCCUCCCCUCUUUGUCUACAAACACGAAGGUUUUUGCGCCAGUCUCAAUGGUCUGUUUCUUUUUGGAAGGGUGCUUCCUACCUUCCGCGCUGCCCGGCAAACGCACUACGCGUAG